UUCUGGAAUAUAUGGAAGAAAUACCAAUAAAUAGAAUCUAAUUGGAAAAAUCUUUUAAUUUUAUGCUAAAUGAUGGUUGGAUUUAUUAGUUACAUCAUUUAUUACAAGGGGUGGAUGUAGUUUACUUGUAUUGGUACAAUUAUGCAAAACUGAUGACUAUAUCGACAAAAGCUGAUGUGUGCCUUCAGUAUAAUUUACCACGGCAGACGAUCUGACAAAUAUUUUAAAAAGUGCUUUUUAUGAUGUUGGUGAACCGUGUUUAUUUUUUUUAUUGUUUUACAUGGAUAUGUGAACUUAAAUAAAUACAUCCUCUGAUUCGUUUUCUAAAAGAAUCUGGCAUCCGCCCCACAUGAACCACAUGAGCCAGAGUUGUUUCCGGUAUCAUUCAUCUCGCCUGGUAAUAAACUUGUGAGAUUCUUUUGAGGGCCAGCCGGACGGUUUUAUCUAGUUUGUACACUAGUAUCUAUAGUGAAUACAUAGGAUCUACGGUGCUCCCUUAACAUUUGUCUAUUUGUCUAUUUGUUUGUUUCUUUGUUUAAAACGUUAAGAACGCUGUCACAUUCAACUAUAAUAAAUUCAACACCACUUUCGAAAACCGGACACUUAUACUCUUAGAUUUGUUACAAAAUGCAGUAUAGCAGUGACGUGCGACGGAAAUGCCUUUUAUGAAUUAAAACGUAUUUUCCUACUGUACCGACACUUUGAAGUCAACCGGAAAUGAGCAGUGUAUUUUAUGCAGGCUCUCAAUUGUAAAUAUUAAAAGAACUUUGAAUUGAUAUUCAAUGAAUAGAUUUUCAUUUUUUUAAUUAAGGUAAUGGAUAUUUGUUUAUUUUUCUGUGCCUGGAAACAAAACAUUGAUUUGAUGAAAUGAUAAACGAUAAAACGCCUGUCGAUACAUUCAGAUUGGCCCAAUAACAUGAUGAUUUAAUGAACCGGACACCAAUAUCCUCACCAAAACAAUUAACUAACGCAAGAGUAAUUGUUCACUCGGCGCCGGAUUGAAAUUUUACUCUUUAAAAUGGAUUUCGCAAAGCUGAAAUCUACAACUUUGUAUUUUCUGUAUUUGAUUAUUCUAGCUAAUGUGAUAAUCAAAGUUUUAGCGAAUCAGAAAUUUGAAAAUGUGGCCUUUGGAAAAUGUUGCAGUGGACCGAAGGAUAUUAUCUAUUUAGCGGACACUUAUUAUCUGUGUACCGGACUUUGUAAGGAACGGCCUGCAUGCAAAGCCUAUAGCUACAACCGCUUAUCCUGGAUGUGUCGGCUACACACGGAAGAAUGUGCUGUAGGCACAUGUGCUGGAUUCUUAUACUCCAGGAAAGAGGAAUGGGACAUGACAAGUUUUAACGAUUGUACAUGUACAGAGGGACAAGUCUGUGUACAAAGGGAAAAUAACAUUGGCUUUGACUGCGAAAUAAAAGAAUGCGUCUUGCCGAACAAUCCAGCCAAUGGGAAGAUACUUGGCAAUGACGUUAGAGUAGGUCGUCAUAUUCGCUGUGAUUGCAAGGACGGGUAUGUACCGGAAGGGGAGUUAACUCGCGUGUGUCAGGGAAACGGCACGUGGAGCGGAAAUGAGCCGAAGUGUAACACUGCCUGUCCUGUAGUCGGAAGUACAGAGUGGGGACUGUCCUGUUACUUCGUUGUUACAAGCACUAGUCUAAAGAAAACGUUCAGUGACGCAUCCGCUUAUUGCGCAGUAAACGGUGGUCACGUGAUUCAUGUGACGUCUCAGGCAGAACACGAGUACAUUACAAGUCGGCUGUCAAAACCAUCAAACGUUGCUGCUACACGUUACUGGGUUGGUGUCGUGCGCAACAUUACAGAUGGAAAUUGGUACCUGUCCGAUUAUACUACGCCCAUUGUAUACGAAAACUGGGCCAGUCUAGAACCAAAAGGAGGCUUCGAUUGUGCCGCGUAUAAGUACGAAGAAACAGCGCCGUUCAAAUGGCAAUGGGUUUCUCAGUCCUGCACAGAGUACCCGAGAUAUCCAUUGUGUGAAUAUGAUCUUUAAAGCAGACACAGCUUCAACGUUCAUUGCGUUUGUCACAUUUGCAUGCAUAUAGGCAAUAAGCCUAACUUUUAAAGAUAUAGCAUGUGCACCCCUGUCAUUACAAGCUCCUAACAGCGGUUACCUUCCCUUGCGUUCAUUAUAACAAGUCACUUGACACUGCAAACUAGCAGAGACGUCUAAGUAACAAACUCACCUCAAUUUGUUAUUUGAACAAUUAUGUGCGCGAAUAUUACCAUCUAGAUGCGAAAACUUAAUCAAAUCUAGUUAAACAUUAAUGUACCGUAAGGGGAAGUUAACGCUGCAGGGACUUUGCUGUAAUUAUAGACAACAACAACAACAACAACAACAAUUACUUUUAUUUAAGUCAGGUCAAAUAGUGUAACAGUAUGACUGAAUAAAGUAAAUAAAGUGUGGGUUUUUGUUAGCAAUAAUGCAAUAAGAUAAUUUUCUGUAAUGAACAUGGGGACAGUUAGAGAUCCUCUUGAAGUGUACUUAACCUGGCUGAAUACAAAUACAAAUUUACAUGUGUAUGACUUUAAGAGCAUGCUUGCAACUGAAAUUUAAUGUCAUUGAAUAGCAUUGAUUUGUUUAAAAAAAAACUACCAAUUAUUUAGUGGUAGUAAAAAUUAAUAAUGCCGAACACGAUUGAUUCUGCCUUUGCGACUAGUGUAGAUCAUGAUCAGCCUGCACAUUCGGGCAGUAUGAUCAAGAUCUGCACUGCUCGCCAUUCAGUCAGUAAGUUUUUGGUAAGCACCCCUUUUAACGAUUAAUGGUACGGUCCAAGUUGAAUGAUCGGUAAGUUAAUUAUUGAAAUUUAGUAGGGUAAGGUUUAAAUGUUUAUAGAUACAAAUAUGACGUUUAUUUUGUGUUUCUAUAUAUAUUGUGUAAUUAUUGUUAUUUCUUUUAAAUUUGACAUUGGACAUAACCUUACCGAAAAGUGAGACUCUAUAUUUUCAAGAGCGCAAGUAAAAAUGUGAACACACAAAAACGUUAUUUGAUACUAAUAAUUUAAGUAAAUGAAGAACAUUUGGAGCAAAACGGUAAACAAAAAAACUCAAUUCCAUCCACAGUUUGGAGUAAUUUCCGGAUUAUAUUUUACAGACAAUGUCCAUUAUUAUUCAAUAAAGAAACAUUGGACACGAUA